AUGCACGCGCUCGCGCAGCAGAUCAAGAACGGCGCCGUCCUGCCUAGGCAGUACAACACCGUCAUCUACGUCGGACAUUCCCAGGGCUCGCUCAUCGGCAAGGCGUACAUCGACCAGCACCCUUCCGACGUCAGCGCCGUGAUGUUGACGGGUUGGACGGCCUCCGAGCCACUAUCGGCUGUAUCGGCCGAACUCAUUCUCCCCGGUCUCGCGACCGCCGCAUCAGUACACCAACGCUUCCACGAUCUCGCGCCUGGCUACCUCACCGGCGUCAACGCCUCCGCGCGUGCACCGUUCUACUCGAAUCAAGGCAAGGACUACAACCCUGCGAUCCUGACAUACGACUUCGCAACAGAAGACGUAGUCACCAUCGGCACCUUGUUCACGGAAACGAGCCUUAACCAGACUAUCAAGUCGGGCUUCAUUGGACCAGUGUUCGUGUUAACGGGACAGUUAGACCGGAUCUUCUGUGGUUCGAGUGGGAAUUGCCAAGGGGCCAAUGGCAGCGUAUUGGCUCAGCAGGCGCAAUACUUCCCGUCCGCAUCCAACUAUAGCUAUUUCUCGCCGGCGAACACGGGACACGACUGGAACCUCCAUUACACUCAAGAUGUAUCAUUUGGCCGGGCGUUUGACUGGUUGGCGGACGUCGGCUUUGGUCCAAGUGGGCAUUAA